CGAAAGGCGAGACUGUCUUUGGCAGUUUCAGCGUUGCAAAAACACAAAUGUUUCAGUUUCAGAAACGAACCCAAUCGAUCCCCCCUACUACUGCAGUUGCUCACACACCCACACCCCGACUGCACACGUCGCCUCGCCUCGUCUGCGUCUGCGUCUGCGUCUGCGUCUCCGUCUCCAACCCAGGCGGCGUAGGGGAAGGAGAAGGAAGGAGAGAUCGCGCGGCGCGCUGGCUGUCGCUGUCGCCGUCGCGCAGGCUCGUCCACCUCGCGAAAUCGUGAGCUCGCGCGCCGCUCCGGGCAUGCAGGGCGCCACGCCGGGCGAUGCCGCUGGAGAGGAGGUGGGAGGCGGCGGGGACGUGGUGAUGGUGAGGCGGGCGAGCGUGGCGGCGUGCCUGACCUGCCCGCUCUGCGGCCGCCUCCUCCGCGACGCCACCACCAUCUCCGAGUGCCUCCACACCUUCUGCAGAAAGUGUAUACAUGAGGAGUUCGUCGAUAAGGAGUCCUGCUGCUGCCCUACUUGCAACAUUGAUCUGGGGUGUGCUCCGUUGGAGAAACUCAGAGUUGAUCACAGUAUGCAAUUCGUAAGGUCAAGGAUAUUUCCUUUCAAACGAAGGAAGGUUGAGAACCCAGAAAUCAUUUGUCCAGUUGCGUCACCUGUCAAGAGGAAAGAAAGAUCACUAUCUUCACUUACAAUCCCUGCUCCUCAGGUGUCUAUACAGAAAUGUUUGACAAAGAGGAGAACGAAAGCUUCGUGCUUACGCAACUUUCCUUUGCAUUCUACCUCGAGGGGCAGUAAAGAUACAUCAAAGAAACUUGGGGGUUGGAGACCAUUGGGUUGUCAACUUAAGCUUGGCAAAGACAAAAAAUCUCUCAAAUCAAGUGUAAAAGAUACAAACAGAACCAAAAGUAAGUCUGGUGAUACAGAUGAUGGUGCUCCUGCUAGUAAAGCAAAGGCUAGAGAACCCUUUACAAGAUAUGGGCGUGCAGCUAAGAGGACUGGAAGAAAGAAAUUGCUCAUGUUGAAGAACAAAAAGAAAAGGUUCAAGGCAAAGCAGCCCAGUAAAAAGAGGAGAUUCCGAGCACUAUGGUUUUAUCUACUUGCUGCUUUUGACCAGAGAGGAGUACCAACUUUACCACAACUACCAGCAAAGUAUUUGAGGAUCAAGGAUGUUGAUUUGCCUGCUUCUAUUAUACAGAAGUACCUUGCACAGAAACUUAACCUCUCAAGUGAAACUGAGGUAGAAGUGUUGUGUGGUGGCAAAGUAGUGAACCAAGGGAUGACACUGCAUGAUCUAGCAGAUUGCUGGCUUGAGAAAGGACCAAAGAGCCGAAUGCGCUCAUCGGUAGGCUCCCCGGCCACUGGAUUCAUGGUGACAUUGUUCUAUAGAAGGCCAGAUGUGGAUGUGUCCUCAUCCCCAGCUCCACCCCAACCUGACACUGAAAGUUGCCAUAGCUGAUGCAGAGCUUUGCUUCGUUUCUGAACCAUCUGUGAUUGGCUUCACUCAUUGGGCUGUCAGCCCUUGAUUGAUCUGCGAAUCGGUUCCAAUUUGUGUGAGGCUCAAGCCACACCAAUUCACUAAUAUGUAGAUAAAUGCUACUAAUUUUACAAGCCAUGUUGGGCUUCUGAUCAUCUACCUUCUUCAACCAUUAUUUUCCUUUUUUUUCUCUUCAACCAUUGUACCUAGGUAUGUGAUCUGUAAUGAGAUGUUAAUCGUUAAGUAUCAGUUGUUAGAGCUAGGGACUUCAUGUUGUCUCCACGUAGCUAGUAGUACUAGAUUAUGCUUGUGUAUUUGAAUUUGCUGGUGCAUUCAUCAUGCAUGUAUAUAUAUAAGCUCUGGAAUUCCUUGUAGUUAACUGGAUGUUAAGCUGAGAAUGUAUAAGCUCUAGAUUAUCAGUUUA